UGUUUGCUCUGCCAUUUUUAUUUUCUUUUCUUUUCCAUAGCAGAACACACACUCACUUUCUCUCCCUCAAUAAUCUUCCCCAUAUUUUCUUUACUCAGAAAAGCAAAAAAAGAACCAUAAAUUUUCAUGACCGCAACGACUUUUUCUCCCUUCAAUUCCUUCUACAAAUCUCUCUAAUGGACACAAUCAAAUGCAGAUCAGUCCCUAAUGGCAAGAGCAAGCUAGCUCGAACCAUCCAAAAGGUUAUCAACAUCAGGACUGCAACUAAGGUACCCUCCAACAACAAUGGCGGUGGUGGUGGCGGCAUUGGGAUUUGUAUGCUUACGUCGCAACAUAAAUUCGAAGGAGGAGAUUCCCCCACAUUUUGCAGGUCCAACAGUAGUAGUACGGACAAACAGGGAGAAGCGAAGGCGAGGCAGAGAGCGAUGAUGGAGGCUAUGGUGGCUAAGCUCUUCGCCAGUGUCACUUCUAUCAAGGCUGCGUAUGCAGAGCUUCAAAUGGCCCAGAAUCCUUACAACAGCGAAGCGAUUCAGGAUGCGGACCAGGCUGUUGUUGAUGAAUUGAAGGCUAUUUCUGUGCUGAAGCGAAGUUUCUUGAAGAAAGAACUUGAUUUUUCUCCUCAUGUUACUAUGAUGCUCGCUGAGAUUCAAGAACAACAGAGCUUGAUGAAGACUUACGAGAUCACAAUAAAAAAAAUGGAAUCCCAAGUUGAGCUCAAAGAAUAUGACAUCUCAUCGCUGAAGAAAAAGCUCGAUGAAUCAAUUGGGUAUAACAAAUCGCUGGAGAAGAGGCUGAAUGCGAGUGGGUCUUUAUCAACGUUCGAUUACAUCCAGUUUUCGAGGUUGAAUAUGACCAAUUUCGUACAGGUUUUGCAUUACACGUUGAGAUCUAUGAGGAGUUUUGUUAAAUCGAUGAUCCGUGAAAUGGAGUUGGCACAAUGGGAUUUGGACGUAGCAGCCAGAGCUAUAGAACCAGACGCAGUGUUCACGAAGCCAAGCCAUCGAUGUUUUGUGUUCGAAUCAUUUGUUUUUAGAACAAUGUUCGAAGGAUUCAAUAGUCCACACUUUACGCUCACAAGCGAAACCCAAAAACAGGACAAGCCUCCGACUGAAUAUUUCAUCAACAGAUUCAAAAAGCUCAAAUCUUUCGCACCCAAACAGUUUCUAGCACAAAAUCCCAACUCGUCGUUUGCAAAAUUUACAAGAAUGAAGUACUUUUUAAUAGUACAUGCUAAAAUGGAGUGUUCUCUGUUUGGAAAUCUCAAUCAGCGGAAGCGAUUGAACUCCGGGGAAGUACCCGAUUCUGGGUUUUUCACGGGUUUUGCAGAGAUGGCGAAGCGGGUUUGGCUUUUGCACAGUUUGGCGUUCUCGUUCGGUGAAGAUGUGAAUGUUUAUCAGGUAAAGAAGAAUUGCAGAUUCUCUGAGGUGUACAUGGAUGCUGUUAGUGAUGAAUCUUUAAUGGCGUCCCCAAAUCAAAGUUCGAUUCCGGAUACGGAUCUCCGGGUGGGUUUUACGGUGGUUCCCGGGUUCAAAAUCGGCAAAAAUGUUAUACAGAGUCAAGUCUACUUGUCAACGGCUACUUCUCCGGCGAGUCGUUGAUUUCGGUUUGUAAUUUUGCAUUUAUCAUAUAUAUAAUUAUAAAAAUAGUAGGAAUCAAAAUUAUGACGUUAUAGAUUCACGCGCCUCGAGGCGGAGCUAACUGCGGUUGUCAAGUUGGGGCCCGCCAAGUCGGCGGUUUAUUCACACUUGACAAUCGCAGUUAGUGCGGCCGAAGUUGAGGGAGAUGCGGAGGCGCGUGGAGGUUAGAAGUGGCGCGUCAUAUAUGGGGCCUACCUGAGAGUCCAUAAAGAGAGAAGGCGCAUCAUGAUGUGUGUGUGGACUGAUGGGACAGGAGUCCUUUUUAUUGCAAAUCUUUGUAUUGAAAGGGAAAGCCAACAAUAUUACUUUGAGCUAUAUAUUUCUAUUCUAUUCAA